ACACAUGAUAAACGGUUAGUUUUUGACAUAUGAUUUACAUUUGUUUCAAGUCUUCCACUAUUGUUUUAAAAUGUAAUCUGCCUUCAUGCAUGGCAAGUGCCACAUUUUUCAGAAUAGCUAGCUAACUUAGUUUGUCUAGUAAUUAACUCUAAAUCGCAUAAACCUAACCAGUUGAGCGAGGUAGCUAGCUAAUCCUGUUGAAUUAAUUUGUCAACAAACACACCCACGGUCAUCUGCAGCACUGUGGCUAGCACACUCACGUAGCUACUACACUGUGGAUGGUUAACUAUCUAGUAGGGGAACAAUUGUACUUUUAAUGAAUGACUGUGCCUUUAUUUAGUUACUAACGCUAGCUAGCUACCUAUUUGCAAUGUACCAGCUAUCUGAUUAAUUGUGUUUUCAUUCAUGUGUGACAACUGGAGAGCACACGCCGUCGGAAGAGAUGAAGUGAUUGAUAAUCCCGCCCGUAAUCCAUUCCUGUUCUAGUGCCUUGUCUCUUCUGCAUUUAACGUUAUGACCAAAGAUCAGUCUGGACCAAACUACAAGCUAGUCUCGCUAGCCGCCUACCAAAGAGACAUUUCCUGGACGAUUGAUGAGUUGUGAAGAUGAGCACUCAUAAAGCUGCGUUGUGCAAGGUCCAGAUUUUAAAGUUAUUUCUGACUUCGGCAAGGUGCGGGAGGAUCACACGAUUCCAUGGUGUGUGUGGACUUUCCACCUCCACACCUGCCUCCAGUGCCAAGGUGUGCAUAGUUGGAGGUGGCCCAGCUGGCUUCUACACUGCACAACACCUAGUCAAGACUCGGACAGAUGUUCAGGUGGACAUCUACGAGCGUCUACCCGUCCCCUUCGGGUUGGUCAGAUUUGGGGUGGCCCCCGACCAUCCAGAGGUCAAGAACGUCAUCAACACCUUCACCCAAACGGCCCAGCAUGCCAGGUGUAGUUUCCAUGGCAAUGUGAGAGUGGGGAAGGACGUCACUGUGGAGGAGCUUCAAGAAGCCUACCACGCUGUGGUGCUGAGCUAUGGAGCGGAGGGGAACAGGACAAUGGGUGUACCAGGGGAAGACUUGGCUGGGGUGUACUCUGCCAAAGACUUUGUCGGCUGGUACAAUGGGCUGCCUAGAAACAGUGAGCUUAGGCCGGAUCUGAGCUGUGAGACGGCUGUCAUUCUGGGGCAGGGUAACGUGGCACUGGAUGUUGCGAGGAUACUGCUAUCUCCUGUAGAUAUUCUGAAGAAGACUGAUAUCACCCAGCAUGCACUAGAUGCCCUGGCAGAGAGCAGUGUCCGCAGGGUGCUCAUUGUGGGGCGCAGGGGACCCCUACAGGUGGCCUGCACUAUUAAGGAGCUGAGAGAGAUGGUGAACCUGCCUGGCACCAGACCAGAGAUGGAGGCGUCUGAGUUUGAGGGCAUAGCAGAAACUCUUAAAUCGCUGGCCAGGCCCAGGAAGCGUCUGACUGAGCUGCUGCUGAAGGCUGCAAUAGAGACUCCAGGGGAGGAGGAGUUGGAGAGACGGAACAGGGCAGAGCGGGCCUGGGGAUUCCGCUUCCUCCGGAAGCCCCUGGAGGUCCUCCCCUCCACUGACCUCAUCAGGGCCGCAGGGAUACGAUUGGCUGUCAAUCGGCUGGAGGGCGACGGUGAGGGGGUGAGGGCAGUGGCCACCGGUGAGGUGGAAGAUGUGGAGUGCGGCCUAGUCAUCAGCAGCAUCGGCUACAAGAGCCUUCUCAUCGACCCCGCCGUCCCCUUCGACGCCCGAAAAGCCAUCAUCCCCAACACUAUGGGCCGCGUGCAGCAGACUGCAGGUCUGUACUGCAGUGGCUGGGUGAAGAGGGGUCCCACGGGGGUGAUAGCCACCACCAUGAACGACAGCUUUGACACAGCCAGGACUCUGCUACAGGACAUUGGUAAAGGAACACUGGAUGUAUCCACUGUCAAGCCUGGCUCACAGGGGGUCUCCACCCUCCUGGAGAAAAGAGGUGUGAAGCCAGUUUCGUUCUCUGACUGGGAGAAGAUCGACAGUGAGGAGACGAGGAGGGGAGAGAUCAAGGGAAAGCCCAGGGAAAAGAUGCUGGACGUGGGAGAGAUGCUGCAGGUAGCCCGGGCAUAGGGACAAGGGACCACACACACAGGUCAUAUGGAUCAGAGGACUCGACAACCAAGAAGUGAAUAAGAACCACUGACCACACACACAACUCUGGUCCAACCCCACUUUUUAUGCCACCUACAGGCCACGAACUUGUCUGUCUACGCACACGAUCAAUUUAGUCCCUGACCAUGCAAUGCCAGUCAUACAAUACCCAAGUUCCAAGUUGACUUGCCAUAUGUAAUAAAUACACUUUACAUCUUACUCACCAGAGCUCUCAUUGAAACAAUGGUGGUGUUUCACUGCAGUACUAGUGAUUUUAAUGGUUGUGGCUUGGCGCUAAUAAAAACAGUCAGGGCCUGGUUUCCCGAUAGCGAUGGAAUUUAGGCAUACAAGUGUUUUUAAUGAUGCAUCCAUAUUUCUGAAGAUGUAGUAUGUGUUUCUCAAUACACCACAGAGAGAACGUUCGCUAAGUGCGUUGUUGAGGCAUGUGUCGAUACAGAUAGGAUCGAGACAAAAAAAAGGCAGUGCUGCUCUUGGAUCAGCGUUCUCCGUUCAAAUAACACCUUAAACAUUACAAUUAUUCCACAAUACUGUCGAUGGAUCAGCUCAUGGAGAGAUUAUCGCCUAUGGCUCCAAAUCUUAAAACACUGGAUUUGGCACAUCAUUGUGCACAUUAGGCUACACAUCAUGAAAUAUAUUGAGUAAAAAAAAUAGACAGUAGCCUAAUGGCAAACUAAAACUAAAUUGAAUGAACAUUGAAGUUUCGUAUAUAGGCCUAUGUAGCUGUAGGUCAACUAUUUAUCUUUUAAUGCACUCGUCUGGGUUUUCAUUUGAAGCAUAUUUUUAUCCUUUACUUAUUGUAAGAAUUUUAAAGACAUUGGCAACUUUAUUUGUAGUCAACUUCGUUGUGAAGUUGUCGACCGUCACAGAGAGACAAAUAUCUUGAUUUUAUGUUUAGCGGUAAUCUUCUGUGUAUGAAGUGACGCGGUAGGAAAAAACGCAUCUAAUUACGCACUUAGCUGUUCUACGAGUGGUCUGAGGGAGACGCUAAAUAACAAGCGUUUAAGUGCAACUUUAGUAACAAUGGAUUUGGGAAACAACUCUGAGAUUUAACGAUGCCCCGUGAAGGUUCUAACAAUGAAUUUAGCUUUAAGAUGCCUUAUGAAAACUGGGACCUAGUCUCUGUUGCAUUUCCAUGAAGACUUACAUCAGUGUUCCAUGAAGACCCCACAUCAGUGUGUCACUACUGUUUUAUGUUAAUGUAACUAGUGUAAUUGUGUUUUCAUUAAGAGUGUGACACUAAAAACUUGGUUAGACCUGAAUCAACAACCUCUGCAUCAUCAAAGCAAGUUAAAGGUGUUAAAGUUCAGUUAGCCAUAUACACUGAGUGUACAAAACAUUAGGAACAUUUUCCUAAUAUUGAGUUGCACCCCCUUUUUGCCCUUGGAUCAGCCUUAAGUCGUCAGGGCAUGGACUACAAGGGGGAUGCAGGCCCAUGUUGACUCCAAUGCUUCCCACAGUUGUCAAGUUGGCUCGAUGUCCUUUCGGUGGUGGACCAUUCUUGAUACACAGGGGAAUGUGAAAAACCCAGAAGUGUUGCAGUCACCUUGUAUUUGAGUUAAAAAAAAAUACAUAUCUGUUUUACUGUUUUGAAAUUAAUGCACUUUAUGUACAGUGCCUAAAGAAAGUAUUUAAACCCCUUGAAUUUUUCCACAUUUUGUUGUAUAACAAGGUGUGAUUAAAAUAUUUUUGUCAAAGAUUUACACAAAAUGCUUGAAUGUCAAAGUGGAAGAAAAAUGUUAACAUUUGUAAAAAAUACAGUACCAGUCAAGUUUGGACACACCUACAUUUCUUUAUUUGUACUAUUUUCUACAUUGUAGAAUAAUAGUGGAGACAAACUAUGAAAUAACACAUGGAAUCAUGUAGUAACCAAAAAAGUGUUAUUUUGAUUUGUUUAUUUUAUAUUUGAGGUUCUUCAAAGUAUCUUCUCUUUGCCUUGACAGCUUUGCACACUCUCGGCAUAUACUGAGCACUUGUUGGCUGCUUUUCCUUCACUCUGCGGUCCAACUCAUCCCAAACCAUCUCAUUUAGGUUGGGGUUGGGUGAUUUGUGGACAUUCAAAUCAAGGCCGGUCUGGCUAGUCCAGACAGGACCAAAAAAAGACGUUGGCGUCGGUCCGUGCUUACUAGGGUGUUACAAUUCAAUUUUAUGAAUGCCCAUCCAUGUGUUAGGCCCACAUUUGUAAAACAGACUGUUGCAUUGGCUUUAUUAGUCCCGAUACCUGUGACUAAUCUAUUUUGCUCUGAAUAUCAGCUACCCAACUUUAUCAGGAGUUAUCCUGAUCCUAUUUGGAAUGUGUUUACACAGCGGGAAAUGCAUGCGUUUAACACAAAAUCCGGGGAGUGGCCAGCUGAGUACAAGUCUAUCAUCUUCAUAUAAAUGGAUGAGAGAGUGUCCUACUGCCUGACCUAUGUUGUUGCUGUAAAUUUAGAGUGUGGGGCCUAGGAUCGAGCCUUGGGGUACCCCCUUGGUGACAGACAGUGGCUGAGACAGCAGAUGUUCUGACUUUACACAUUGCACUCUUGGGGUGGCAGGUGGCCUAGUGGUUAGAGCAUUGGAAAAGUAACCGAAAGUUUGUCCGCUUGGGGAGUCGAUCUUGCAAGGUAAAAAUGUUGUUCUGCCCCUGAACAAGGCAGUUAACCUGCUGUUCCUAGGCCGUCAUUGAAAUUAAGAAUUUGUUCUUAACCGACUUGCCUAGUUAAAUAAAGAUAAAAUAAAUUAACUCUUGAGGUAGUUAGCAAACCAGGCCAAAGAUCCCUCAGAGACACCAAUUCACCUUAGCUAACCCACAAGAAUGGAAUGGUCUACCAUAUCAAAAGCUUUGACCAAGUCAAUAAAAUAGCAGCAGGUAGCCUAGAGGUUAGAGCAUUGUGCCAGUAUCCGAAAGGUUGCUGGAUCGAAUCCCUCCGAGCUGACAAGGUAAAAAUCUGUCGUUCUGCCCCUGAACAAGGCAAUUAACCCACUGUUCCCCGGUAGGCCGUCAUGUUCUUAACUGACUUGCCUAGUUAAAUAAAGGUUUAAAAAAGCCAGUCAGUUGAUUGUUGACAAGUUUUUCUAACACUUUUGAUAAACAGAGCAAGAUGUAUAUUCAAAUCAAUGUAUUAAUCACAACUAACUUUAGCCUUCUGGAUAGCGGAGUGCACUUAUUUCUCAAUUUCCUGAACGAGAGCCAGUCAAGCGGAGCAUGUAUUAGUCACACGCACCGAAUACAACACCUUACAGUGAAAUGCUUAGUUACGAGCCCCUAACCAACAAUGCAGUUUAAUACUUUUAUUUCUAUACAUUUUAAAAGAAAAUUAACAAGUAAUUAAAGCGCAGCAGUAAAAUAACAAUAGCGAGACUAUAUACAGGGGGGUACCGGUACAGAGUCAAUGCAGGGGCACCAGUUAGUCAAGGUAAUGUGUAGGUAGUUAUUAAAGUGACUAUUCAUAGAUAAGAGAGUAGCAGCGGUGUAUAUUGGCCUAUAACGGUUAGGAUCAGUUUGAUCUCCCCCUUUAAAUAAAGGACACACCGUGGCUGCCAUCUAAGCAAUGGGAACCUUCCCAGAGAGGAGAGACAGGCUCGGCAAUGAUAGGAGCUGCAAUCUUAAAGAAGAAAGGAUCUAAACAAUUUGACCCAGAUGGUUUUUGAGGGUCAAGUUUAAGGAGCUCCUUAAGCACCUAAGACUCCCUGCAGGGAGAAACUUUAUAGCGGGGCAGGGGAAAAAGAGGGAGGAGCAUCGGAGCUAGACGCAUUAGAAGGGCUGGGGGAACUGCGCCUUAAAAUAACUAACUUUAGCGUUCUGGAUAGCUGAGUGCACUUAUUUCUCAAUUUCCUGAACGAGAGCCAGUCAAGCUGAGUAUGCAUGUGCUGAGCCUUUCUCCAAAUAACUCUUGAGGUGCUGAACCUGUUUUUAAUUCUUAUUUUCUUUGUGGGGUGUGUUGGUUAACAAUGCCACUGAAAUCAUGUUAUAGGUAUACUUGGAAUCAUUAAGGAUGAGAAAGUUUCCAGGAUACAAAAAAUGCAGGCACACUCGCUUUCCACUGCUUUCCACUAUACACUGGGAGAUACAUUUCUCAACAGCACAAUAAUCUAGAACGAAGCCAAAUCUACACUGGAGUUGUUUACCCUGACGUUGAAUGUGGCCGAGUUAGUUUUGACUUAAAUCUACUUAAAAUAUGGCAAAACCUGAAAAUGGUUGUCUAGCAAUGAUCAACAACAAAUUUGACAGAGCUUGAAGAAUUGUUUUAAUAAAUGGGCAAAUAUUACACAAUCCAGGUGUGUAAAGACUCCCUGCUGUAAUCGCAGCCAAUGGUGCUUCUACAAAGCAUUGACUCUGGGGUGUGAAUACUUACAUAAAUGAGAUCUGUAUUUCAUAGAAUAAAUUUGCUCAAAUGUUUUCAUGUGUGUAGAUCAAUUUAAUCCAUUUUAAACAAUGUGGAAUAAGCCAAGGUGUAUAAAGGCUUUCUUUAAUUGAUCCUUAUAUUCUGAACCAGUUCUCUCAAUGUAUUCUAGUGAGUCGGUCAACAAUUCUAAUAAAGGUACACCAUAUUUAAA